ACUCUAGCAACAGCUGAUUUUUGUUGAUAGUUUUAAGGAAAACAAAAAGUAUUUCUCAAGAAAUUCAGCUUUUUCAUAUUUUAAAGCGCAAACAGUGACCAAAAGCAACAAAAUGGGUACCUGGGUGCUGGAGGUGGCCAAAAUGGGCAUGUACAUGGCCUUCCCGGUGACGCUUUUCCACCUGUUCAACCAGCCAGAAUAUUUCGAAGAGUGGGUAACCAAGAAGAAGCGGGAACUUUAUCCGCCGGAGAGCAAGAGCCACCACGAGGAACUGCAGCGGGCGAUAAGAGAGCAUCACGCCCAACACGACGCCAAAUUGAUGCGCGCCAUGGAGGAAGCGGAGGCCAGGAAGAAGUAGAGGAUUUGCAAUCAGCCUUCCGGAUAAUCCCUCGUUAUAUAACCGAGGGCAUGCAAACAACAACCUAUGCUCCGGAUAGGGGAUGACUAACUGCUCUGUAACCACGUAAUAAAGACUUUUAUUUCAUCGAAUAACAAGAGGA